GGGCGCCCGACCCAAGGUCAGCGGGCGUGGGGGCGGGAUGGCGCCGUCCCGGCUCUGCCACCGGCGCGCACCGAGAAGGGCGUGCGGCCUGGCGGGGACCACGCCCUGCCCUGAACCGGCCGGGGAUAAAUCCGCGCUGGAGGGGGUGCAGGGGACGCCGUGGGGGGUCGAGGCACCCCACUCGGGCCUCCCACUGCACUCGAGGGGCUCGCAGGGCUUCCUCCCUCUCCCCUCCAUCCCUUGCACAGAUGGGCGCCCUGGAGACAGUGACAGCCAUCACCGAAUCCUGUGUGCGCCGCCCCGCCCCCUGCCAGCCGGAUUAGGGGGUUGUCCGCUGGGUAAAAGGAUUUCUGGGCUGGCCUCCCCUGCUCUUCCCACCUGGGCCCUCAUCCCUGCCCAGGCCGGCCCUUCUACACGAAUCAACAUCUAGGGGGUCUCCAUGUGAACAGCAGUACCCCACGUCCUGAGGAGGAGGCCAAGAACCUCCACUUGAAAGGCCUUGCCGCUGGAGACUGGGUGGAGGAGCCCUGGGCCAGCCCUUUUGCUCAAAGAAAUGGAUCCCAGGGGCCCAGAGAAUGCCUCCAGCUUCUUGGGGUUCACACACAUCCUAAGACACCUGGGGACCGCCUCUGCCUGGGCAAAGCUGUUCCAUUAAAACUUGCUGUGCCUACCUCACCUCUAGUGACUUUAAGUAAUCAUGUGAGUUACAAUUUAGAGCAAGAUUUAAACGAAUACCAAGGCCCCUUGGUACCGUUCCACAUGACUCACUCUCGCCAAAGGGGAGAACUGGUGAACAGGCAGGUGUUCAGAGCAGGGACCACUUGAGGUAUGGCCAGGAGCUGGGUGACAGCACACCCUCAGCCUCACCAUCCCUGGCUCUGGACUGGCUAGUUUCUCAGCCAAGGUCCCCACCUUUAAAACUGUACCCGGAACUGUGUACUGUACCUGGUACUAAACCCAGGCCUUCCCGUCUUUCUAGGAUCAGAGUUGCAUGUGUGUAAACCUCCAAAACACUACUCACUCCUUCACAGUCCAGGAGGUCACUGCUCCUAGAGCCCACUUGGGGAACUACACUAAAAACUCGGUGGCCCAGGCCCCUUUGACACCACAGCUGUCCCAGGGCCCCACCUACCCCCAAAGACAGAAACACUUUUCUGCGAGCCAGCAUGGAGAACACAGGCCCAUAGCUUCUAAACUGACUCUCUUAGUGUCUGUCUCAUCCUCCAAUUCUCUAACAAGCUCCCUGAGAAAAUCCCCAAUUCUAGCUAAGCUGUCCCACCUACUCCCACCCCCAGGAGGCAGAACAGGGGCUGGACAAAGCUGGGAUUUGAUUUUCCUGUGGCUGGUGGCUCCACUCAGACUAGUUUUGCCCAAGUCACAACAGGUGAAUCCCAAGGUUGGGAACAGAGCAUGACUUCUAGGGAUAAAACAACUAGCAUUAACACUGGGUCAAGGUCAAGCAAGGACAGGGACACGGGCAGCUUGGGGCCUGAGGCCUUGCCCUGGGGGCACAAAAAGGACCUCUGCUCUGGGCUCUGUGCCUGAUGAGGUCUCAUGCCCGUCCCCACUGGGUCCAUGUGGAGACCAUGUGGACAAGGAGAUGUGUCUGCCAGAGCCUGCUCUUUCGCUUCCAGCCCAUUUGGGUAACUGGGCCCUGGAUUUCACUGCCCAUGUGUCCCCAAGCCUAUACCUCACACCACCCUCUUGCACCCUAGAUCCAAGGAGUGAUCAGUUGCUAGGGCGUGGAGGGCAACGUGACCUCAACAUCCACAUGCAUGAUCAGGAAGCCACUCACAGUGCCAGGAACACGGAAAUGUGAAGAGAAGGGGGCUGGGUGGAGUUGGCUCUCCCCAGCGGCCAGUGUAGCAAGACUGAGGACGUCAGAAUUUCUAAGUUGGAAUCUGAUGCCCCAGAUCUUUAUCACUGUUUUUGUAAAGGAGAGCAAUGAAUGUUUUAUUUAUCAGUUUCUUGAACUGAUGUACAGCUUUUCAAAAAUUAGACACAGGGUGUGGGCCUUCAUCCAUGCUCUUUGCUGGCUCUCAAAUGUAAGGGCAGGCCUGCCAACCUGUGUUUCCAGAGGUGCAUCCCAUCGCGGGCCACACUGUAGGGAGGCUGGUGAGGAGACUGCAGCUUCUGGUCCACGGCCAGUCCCGCGGGAGAUGGCCCCAGGGGCGCCCACACUACUGCUGCUGUCACUGCUGUUGGUGCCCAGUCUCCCACUCCACGCUGCCGGAUGCCCCACCACCUGCCGCUGCUACAGCACCACAGUGGAGUGUGGCGCUCUGCGGCUGCGCGUCAUCCCACCUGGAAUCCCACCCGGGACGCAGACGCUGUUCCUGCAGGACAACAGCAUCGUGAACCUGGAGCCAGGCAUCCUGGCGCCCCUCACUGCCCUGCGCCAUCUCUACCUGCACAACAACAGCCUGCGUGCCCUGGAGCCAGGCACCUUCCGCGCGCAGCCACGCCUGCUGGAGCUGGCACUCACAGGCAACCGGCUACAUGGUUUGCGCAUCGGUGCUUUCACUGGCCUGGCCCAGCUGCGUGUACUCUACCUGGCUGGUAACCAGCUGGUGCAGUUGCUGGAUUUCACCUUCCUGCACCUGCCGCGACUGCAGGAGCUGCACCUGCAAGAAAACAGCAUUGAGCUGCUGGAGGACCAGGCCUUGGCCGGGCUCUCCUCGCUGGCACUGCUAGACCUCAGCAGGAACCAGCUGGGCACCAUCAGCCGUGAGGCCCUGCAGCCCCUGGCCAGCCUGCAGGUCCUGCGCCUCACAGGGAACCCAUGGCGCUGUGACUGUGCCCUGCACUGGCUGGGAGCCUGGAUCAAGGAGGACGGCCAGCGGCUGCUCAGCUCCAGGGACAAGAAGAUCACGUGUGCGGAGCCCCCGCGCCUGGCUCUUCAGAGUCUUCUGGACGUCUCUGGCAGUAGCCUCAUCUGCAUCCCGCCUUCUGUGCACGUGGAGCCGCUGGAGGUGACGGCCAACCUGGGGGAGGACCUGCGGGUGGCCUGCCAGGCUUCCGGCUACCCGCAGCCCCUGGUGACCUGGAGAAAGCUGGCCCAGCCUCGCGAGGGGCAGCCGCGCGCGCAGGCCCAGCCGGAGGGCGGCGCGCCGGGCCCGGGCGCGCCCGCGGCCCCCGACACGGGCAGCGGCAUGCUCUUCCUCGCCAACAUCACCCUGGCCCACGCCGGCAAGUACGAGUGCGAGGCCUCCAACGCCGGCGGCGCCGCCCGCGUGCCCUUCGAGCUGCUGGUCAACCUGUCCCGGCCGCCGCCGCCGGCCGCCGGCCGCGAGCCCCUGCACGAGGCGGGCAGCCUGGCCUUCCGCGCGCUGGGCCUGGCCACGCAGGCGGCGGUGGCGGCGGCCAUCGCGCUGCUGGCGCUCACGGCGCUGCUGCUGGCCGCCCUCAUCUGCCGCGGGCGGCGCGGGCCACGGGCGCCGGGGCCGCCGGGCGAGGGCGCGCUGUUCGUCAACGACUACUCGGACGGGCCCUGCACCUUCGCGCAGCUCGAGGAGCUCCGCGGCGAGCGCGGCCACGAGAUGUUCGUCAUCGACCGCUCCAAGCUGCUCCUCGCCGACCGCCCGGCCGCCCACGGGACGCGCUGCUGAGGGGCGCGCGCUAAUGACGCGGCUCGCUCGCGCAUGCGCCGGCGCCGUCAGUAAAGGAUGGAAGCUGC